AUGAAGCAAAAUCAGUUCGUGUCCUCCUCAGCAAGGAAAGCACGUAAGACUCAUUUCAAUGCACCUUCACAUAUUAGGAGGAAGUUGAUGAGUGCUCCGUUAACCAAAGAUUUACGUAAUAAGCAUGGAAUCCGUUCCAUACCGAUCAGAAUGGAUGAUGAGGUCACUGUCACUAGAGGACAUUACAAAGGAAACGCUGGACGUGUAAUGCGUGUUUAUCGUAAGAAAUUUGUUAUCCAUAUUGAUAAAAUUACUCGUGAAAAGGCAAAUGGCUCUACGGUGCAUAUUGGGAUCCAUCCAUCAAAGGUAGCAUUGACAAAACUAAAGAUGGAUAAGGAUCGGCGAGCGAUGAUUGAAAGGAAAGCUGCCGGUCGAGCUCGUAUAACAGGCCUAUUGAAGGGUAAACACACUGAAGAGACCAUUGCGGAUGAGAAAAGCGUUUAA